GUCACACUGGUGUCCUCAAUUAAAUUCCAAAAUUUCACUGUUUCUGUUUAUAAAAAAGGCGCAUAUUUGCUUAGGAUUACAAUUCACAAUACACACAAAGUGUUAGUAUCGUUGUAAAACAUGUCAACACCCGCACGCAGACGUCUUAUGAGAGAUUUUAAAAGACUUCAGGAAGACCCACCAACGGGUGUUUCGGGUGCGCCAACAGAUAAUAAUAUUAUGAUAUGGAAUGCUGUGAUUUUUGGUCCACACGAUACACCAUUCGAGGAUGGAACCUUUAAGUUAACCAUAGAAUUUACGGAAGAAUAUCCAAAUAAACCGCCAACAGUUCGAUUCGUUUCGAAAGUAUUUCACCCAAACGUGUAUGCAGAUGGUGGCAUAUGCUUGGACAUAUUGCAGAAUCGCUGGAGUCCCACAUACGACGUGUCGGCCAUACUAACAUCUAUACAGUCACUGCUGAGCGAUCCCAAUCCCAACUCACCGGCCAACUCCACUGCCGCCCAGCUGUAUAAAGAGAAUCGUCGCGAGUAUGAGAAGCGUGUGAAAGCCUGCGUGGAGCAGAGUUUCAUCGAUUAGCCAUGCGCCCAAACCAGGAACAGUAACAGCAACAACAACAAAAUCAGGAGCGACAGCCAGGGCAGCAGCAGCAGCAGGAAGGAAACCAGCUUCAGAUUGAGAAAUCAGCAAACUACAGCAAACAAAAUAUACAAUAACAUACACACGUUUAAAUUAAAUAACUGCAUGAAUAUUUAUAACAGAAAUAAUGCUAUAAAAUUGUAACAGUGUCACAGAAACACACACAUUUACUAUCCCUCACAAAGUCACUCACGAAAGUUCGAUCCUAGUUAGAUUUGUUUGGCCCGUUUCAUCGUUUCAUCCCAAAACCAGAGACACACUCCCAGAAAGAAAUGCGAAAUACUUCCCCCAGAAGUCAGCAGCAGCAGCAGCGUUCGCGGCCGCUGCAGCUGGAAAUCUCUCUCGUAAGCUAACAGCGAUUCAAAUGUUAUAUUAGUAGCAUAGAUAUCAGCGGCGGAAAAUGAUUAAUAAUUAUAAUAAAACACAUAUUAUAAAAACUAUGUCAAAUAAUUGCAAAAACAAAAAUAGUUUCAUUUUAGAUGUGUGCAAAGCAACUCUACUAAGAACAACUAACUAAACCCACACUAAAACUCAAUCCGAAGCAAAACCAAAAAUAAUUAAAAAGCCUAAAGAAACAAUGAUAAAACAAUGAUAUAUGUAUGUUAUAUGUGUAUCCAUAGUAGUUCGUGUCGUAGCAAGCAACAGCACAGCAAAAGUUGAAAGUUAAUUGAUUGGCGGCAACUUUCCAGCUGCCCAAGAACCCGAAAUUGAAAUUGUAAUUGUAAUUGAAUGUUGAAUAUGGAAUGUCAAUGAUAACUCUCCAACCAUGCCCACUUCCACGCGCACAAACACUCCAACACAUACAUACAUACGUACACACUCGAACACAUGCUACCUAGAUUGAAUCAUAAGUUUAUUGGCUAUAAAAUGUGAAAUUUACUAGAAAUUGAAAUUAAAUGUUAGUUAUUAGCAAUCAGAAAGCAACCCACUUGGGAAAUGCUAACAAAUCCUGUUGGAAAUGCUUGGAAUGAGCUAAGAAACGAAUGCAUGAACGAACGAGCGAGUAUUGAGCAUCCUAUAGUAGUAGCAUCCAGUGAGACCAAUCCAAAAUGUAUUUUGUAUAUUCUUUUUUUGCUAACCCAGCACAGCACCACUUUCCUAGACUAACUAUAAGAUCUUGGUCCUCCUCUGCCAAACCUGAAUUCGGGUUUGGUCUAUCGCCCACGCAGAGACACACAAAUUAUCCCAAAUGCAAUGGAGACAAGAGUGUAUCCCCUUUAGUGUAUAGUUGGAUGCAAAAACACCUCAUAAACUGCCAUUUGCCACGCUAUAUAAUCUCUAGGUUCAACUGUGUCUUGGCUGCGGCAAUUCAUUUAGUUAGUCUUAAGCGUUUACAAUCGAGUUUUGAUCUGGUUUUCUGUGUUGAAUGCAAAUUGCUGUUCCUUUUGCUAUGAAACCAACCUCCCUCCACUUUUUGGCACUUUGUGUUGGACGCGAAACGAAACGGUAUGAGAUGAGAGAGAUCCUGCAUUGAAUUGGAAUAUAAAUGAAAAAGAUGGCAACGAGAACGAGCACUCGUUGACGGUGAUGAUGCUCUGAGCAUCAUGUUAAUAUUAUAUAUGUAUGAAUAAUCUACCACAUAGCAACCCAUUGAUUUAUUAUUUAAAACUUAUUAUGAAACACCUAAUAAUGCAGAAAAGGUAGACAAAAAGAGUAACUUACGAUAAAAUAUGAAAAAGCAACAGAAUCCCAAAAGAAUCAAACAAAAUCACAG